AUGAAGGUAGUUCCCCAAUCUUCCAACAUCUUCUCAACUUUCUGAGCCUCAAAUUUCGAACCUAGUAAGGAUCUCCGAAGAGAUUUCGAUCUCGGUCCAGCCGGCCGAAGAUUGCGGCGGCGGUCAUCACUCACACGCCCCGAGGGCCGCCGUCGUUCCGCUUUUCCGGUGUUAUUCCUGCUCGAUGCCCAUGUUACACCGAUUCCGCUCAGCUGUUUCCAACCGAUUCGACUCGACCAAUGUUCUUGGGAAAACAGGAAAAUGUGUUCGAUAAUGUCGACUUCACAGCGCUAACUUUUGUUUUGGCACAUUUCCAGUUUGAUUUUAAUCCAAGCUCUUUCCGUUUUUCUGUAUAUUCUCAGAAAUUUUCCUUUUUUUAUAGUCAAUUCUUCUUGACGUGAAAGGCUAGAUGGUCAGAUUGGCAAGUUUAGUGGAAAACUCAAGAUCAAAAGCGAGCCCCCAUUUUUCUUCUUUUUUGAGUUUUUCAAUAAAUUUUUAUUUUUCAUGGUUUCGAGAAAAUUUAUUCAAACGGAUAAAAGUGAAAAAAUAAUCGAUAAAUCCUUUUAUCUACGUUUUUUUCCCGUACUGUGUUUGAAUUUGAAUUUCCCGCCAAAAGCCGCGUCGCACACACAACGCGUCACCCUUGCCAAUCUACACAUCAAAGUCUAAAAAAAAUCAACCAUGGUUGAGCUCCAUAUGAAACUUUUUUCUGAUUAUGUUUUUAAUCUUGAUUAAAAGUAUAAUUUUCAGCUUGAAAAUAUAUAAUAAUUUGUCCAAUUGAUCAUUUAAUCCGUAAAAAAUAUAUUGAGGAUGGAAAAAAAAAACUAAAGAAAGGCAAAACUUAAUCUAAAACACCUCGAAAUUCUAAAGCACCCCAUCAACUUUUGGCUUCUCGUGUUUUUCUCCUGUUGUUUCCCAGCUUUCUAUUAUUAAUCAAAUCAAAUUUGCAGAUGACGCUAUGUGGAAUCAUCACAGAAUGUAAGGAAAAAAAGUUGCUGCGAAUCCUACAUUUUCCGACUUUAUCUUCUUGCCUUCACGUUGGUUUUUGAAAAAAAUUUUGAGGACUUUUUAAAAUUAUUAAAAAAUAAAAAUCUUGGGAUUUCAGAGUAUUCAUGGUAGUUUUGGCGUUGCUGGUUGCUUCUGGUUGGAUGCUCUACGAAGUUCGCAACAACUAUUUUAGGUAACUUUUCUGUUUUUAAGUUUUUCUUGAUUGCAAGACGCUAAAUUUGGUUUGAAAAAGUUUAAAAACUUGUUGAAAGGUUUUUUGACACAGUGCAACUUGAUAAGCUUUGAAAUUCAAUAUCUUUGAGCUUCUCACGACUUUUUUUCUGUUUUUUUGAAAAUCUCUACGGAGUAUAAGCUAACGGAUGAACUUCAAAGUUUGAAAAAAAUUUUUUUUUGAAGUGACUUUUUCAACAAAUUUUCAUGACUUUUUCUUUACCGAAAACUCUUCAGCAAACAUUUAUAAGAUAAUGAAAUUUCUUUGUAUAUCAAUGGUCAAUUUUUCAGAUAUUCACUCGUUAGCUAUUCAUCCUCAACCUAAAUUUGAAAAUAAAUAAAUCACCUCAAAAAAUAAACAUUGUUAAGGUACUUCUUGUUCGAAUUAUGCCUAGUUCACAAUUUCCCGCGUUAAGAAAAGAAAAUAUUGAAAAAUUGAAGGAAUCGGUUGCGUCGGUCGGACACAGACGAGCAGGCCCGAAUCGAAAUGGCCUCUUUCGAGGAAACCAAGUACUUGCGGCGCUACUCAGAACUCAAGUUUGUUCAAUUUUUUUUUCUCUUCUUUUAUAGUCAAUUUUUCCCGACUUGAAAAGCGAUUUGGGUAGAUUGGCAAGGGUGAAGCGUUGCGUGUGCGACGCGGCUUUUUGGCGGUAAACUCGGUUUCAAACACGAGCUACCUUUUUUUCCUUUUCCGAUGGACUUACAAUAAAUUUUAACUUUUUAUGGGUUUGAAAAAGGUUCAGUAUGAUGUAUAAAAAGCAUGAAAAAUAUUAAAAAAAUCACUUUUUUUCAAACUUUUGCAAUGAUUAAGUUUGAGUUCGUAUCGCCACCCCCCCUCCCUCCCAAAAGCCGCGUCGCACACGCUACGCGUCACCUUUGCCAAUCCAUCCAUUUCUCUUUUUCAGUCGGAAAGAUCGCCCAUACUUUUCUCUCAUUUCAGCUUCUUUCUUAAUUCUUAAGUUUGCCCUAUGUUACCUUUAACCAUCUUUCCUAUCUUUCAUUCUAAUUUUUAGUCUUUUCUUUCUUCCUUUACUAAAUUAAUCUCUGUUUAGUGACUUAGAAGGACGGCCGCACAACUGAAAAAUCCGUUUUGCAUUGCAUCUCGUGUAAGUUAAAAUAACAGUUCGAUAGCACGUCUGUGUCAAAGUUGUCGAGUUUAUAAUCGUUAUUUGACUUCAGACUUUUUUCAUGAUAUUAAUGAAAAGUUUAAUAAAAAAAGCUAACUUCACUUAAACUUUCCCCGAGUUGAGCCGCGUUUGCAGUUAUAAAAAAAAAUGAAACUCUUUUUGACUGCCAAUUUGAGCCAUUCCAAAUGCGACCACUCAGGCUUAAGUCGAGGAAAAUCCAACAUCACCUGCUUCACUCACAACAAAAUCUAGAUUAGGCUAACAAAUGUCCUCAUUGUUCUCACUGCAGUUCAUGCACGAUUCUCUUCCACGCUUUUAAAAAAUCAUGUCAAAAAGCUGGGAAAAGUUGAACGUGUCGCAACCGCAAUGCGUCGAGCCAUUCCCAUGCGGCUGUGGCUUUUUGAAAAUCGAUUACCAAGUGUCACACUAACAUUGUUGAGCUUGUCCUUGUCUCAAUUCUCACGAAGUUUCGAAGGUAUAAGACUAGCAAAUAGUAAAAUGAUUUUUCGUAAAUCAUGUUUGACUUGAAAAACUCAAAAUUUCACAUCACCGUUCGAAUUUUCGCUGGCUUUUUUUUUCAUACCACCCAAAAAUCAAGCUCAUGAAAUUGUGUGUAUUAAUUAUUAGAUCUCUUCUUUUUGAAAUAGAAAUUUUCUUUUGAAAAAUCCAAAUAAAAAAACCCAAGACUUUCAACUUUGGUCUACUACUAAUUUCAUCAAUAAUAUUAAAAAAAUUUUUUUCUGAUUUUUUUUGGUCUAGAAAAAAAUCCUAGGAAUAAAAAUCAGAAGUCCAAUUAACCUCUUUGCUUGUCUUAAACCUUCUAAGUUCAAUUAUUUUAUUUUUCAAAUCAAACCCGAAUUUCAGCCCUCUACAAGCACGGAAGCACUCCUUCGAGAUGUAA